UGUAGUGCUCUCUCACUCUCUCUCUUUCUCUUCCUUGGUGUGAGUUGAGUGCGCUAUUACCCGUCAUUGCGCUCUCUUUUGCUUCUCUCUUUAUAUCUCUUUUAGGUUGCGUGUCAAUGUCUGCAGUGCUCUCCUCUGAGUGGCAUUCUCCUUUGCUAUGUUCUCUGCUCUUCCUACUAUAUUAGUAAGUAGUAAAUGAAGGAUACAAUAUUCUUAUGCUUGAUAGUGGAUUUCUUCGUCUUGCUUUGAAUAUGACCUCUUUUUGCGUUGGCCACUCUCCAAUUUCUUCCAAGAUUGACAUCUUGGAAAAGCGUAUAAAACCUUGGCAUAAUGAUAGAAUGGAUCAAAGGUUUGCUCUUUCACUCCGAAGUCAUAGCACCAAACUCUUUGGCCAACAAGUUGUGACAGAGGGGUCUCACUUACAUGGGGAUUGGAGUUUCAAAGGAGGAUCAAGAGUUAUUGUUAGACCUAAACCUGAGAGAUUUGUUCUAUGUCAGAAAGUCUCUGGAAUUAAUGCCUCAUGGUUGGCAAAUUCUCAAAUUGCUCAUAGUGUUUUUGGCUUGGGAACAGUAGCAGUUCUCCCGUUUUAUACCCUCAUGGUUGUAGCUCCUAAAUCUGAAUUGACAAAAAAAUCUAUGCGAAGUAGCAUACCGUACGUGGUGCUUGGUCUUCUAUAUGCAUAUCUACUAUACCUAUCUUGGACACCUGAAACGAUAGGCAUGAUUUUCACAAGCAAAUACUUGCUGCCAGAGCUGCCAGGUAUAGCAAAGAUGUUCUCCAGUGAGAUGACUCUGGCUUCUGCUUGGAUUCACUUGUUGGUUGUUGAUCUAUUUGCGGCAAGGCAAGUGUUUCAUGAUGGACAGGAAAACGAUAUAGAGACCAGGCACUCUGUUUCUCUUUGCCUGCUCUUUUGUCCCAUUGGAAUUCUCACCCAUUUCAUAACCAAAGCUCUUACAAAAAAAGGUGUUGGAAAAUCCAGCCAGCACGGCCUGCAUUAAUGAAUUUUCCAAGGUAGAAAGAAUUUAACAGAAGAUUCAAAAACUUCCAAGAAUGUUGAAGAAAAGACAUUGAAAACUAUUUGAAAGAAUGGUUUUUUUCUCAGUUGAACAAAUUACAACUUAAUUAUUGAGCCUUAUUAUUGCACUA